GUUUUGCGUCCAAUUUUUUUUCUCAUGGUUCUCGUUUUGCGUCUAACUAUGCAGCUUAAUAGACCUCGAGUUAAAAAAUUAGACGAAAGGCUACUCUGUUCAUUUUGGUAUGAAGCAAACGAUGGUACAACAUGAGCCACGUCAAAAAUGGGCGAAACCGUUUGACUUUUUAUUUUCAACAGUCGGAUAUGUUGUAGGGUUGGGAAAUUUGUGGAGAUUUCCGUACCUAUGCUUUGAAAACGGCGGUGGUGCGUUUCUUAUUCCUUACACUCUGUCGGUUAUUUUUAUUGCCAUCCCAGUUAUUAUCCUUGAAACUUCCUUUGGUCAAUACUGUCAACAAGGUGUUAGCAAAUCGUGGAAUCGAGUUCCGCUUUUUAAAGGGGUGGGACUGGCAGGAAUGAUCACCAUAUUUCACUCAAGUGUCUACUAUGUCAUAAUUUUGGCUUGGGCAGCUAAAUACUUGGUGGCAAGCUUUCAGUUUCCACUGCCUUGGACAAGCUGUGGAAACAGUUGGAACACAGAGAGCUGUGUUGAAGUUGGUCGACGUGAUGUGUUAAAUGUAACAGGUAAUAUUGCUUAUAACGAUCCCGGCCGAAAUACUUCUUUGGAAACUACAGCAGCUGAGGAGUUUUGGAGCAAACAAGUUUUGCAAAGUUCCGAUGGAAUUGAAAAUAUCGGUUCAAUUCUGCCAGAUCUUGUUUUGUACUUCUUAUUGUUGUGGGUUGGACUUUACAUAUGCACCUUUAAAGGAAUCAAAUGGUCAAGCAAGAUCGUGUACGUGACUGCGACGUUGCCUAUUGUUCUAAUUAUCAUCAUAUUGGUCCAUACUUCCCAAUUAGAUGGAGCCAGCAACGGGAUCUACCUUUACCUCACACCUAACAUGACGAAACUUGCCAACCCCUCUGUAUGGAUCAGUGCUGCGACCCAAGCCACAUUUUCGUUUGGCAGUGGUCGUGGCAGUAUGCUGGUUAUGAGCAGUUUCAACCAGUAUAACCACAACUUCUUGAGGGAUGCAGUUACCAUUGGUAUUUGUGACACAGUAGCCAGCUUCCUUAGUGGAUUCGCUGUAUUCGCUUCACUUGGAUUCAUGGCAAAGCAAUUGAAUACAACAGUUCUUGAUGUGGCCAAGUCAGGACCUGGGCUUGUAUUUAUUGCACACCCACAAAGCAUUUCCCUUUUACCUCAUCCUCAAAUCUGGAGCUGCUUGUUCUUCAUCACAUUAAUACUUCUCGGAUUUGAUUCAGAGUUCGUGUUCCUGGAGGUUUUUGUCACCUUUAUUGUCGACUGUUCAUCGCGUAUUCGUUCCUACAGAUGGCACCGAGAAGUUACAACCGCUAUUGUCUGCACUGUAAUGUGCCUUAUUGGUCUUUCGAUGGUAACAGAGGGUGGAAUUUACGUUUUUGAAAUCUAUAACAACUAUGCUGUGGCUGGGUGGUGUCUGUUUCUUCUUGCUACAACAGAACUUAUUGCUAUUGCUUGGGUUUAUGGAAUUGACGUCCAUUUCCGUGGAAUGACUGACAUGCUCGGUCCUUUUAGAGGCAAACUGUAUCUGAAGUUGUGUUGGAAAUACAUUACGCCUUCGAUAUGUUUGCUACGUCGAGUGUUACCAAAUCAGAUGUCUCUAACCACAACAGAAAACAAUCCAGAGGAAGUUAUACUCAAGUUAUGCGAAAAAAACGAAGAGCCGUGAUAUCUCUUUUGAACAUCGUACCCGAUAUGGCAUACACUAUACAUCAUAUAUACAGAUAUGUACAAUGCAAACCAACACGAGUCCUGGUAGUUUAUAAACUUACUGUAAACCAGUUUCGGUUCAUUUUCACAGCAUACAUGUUCAUACAUGUUUUAAAAGAGAGUUAAUUCCGUUAGAGUAACUAUAACAGACAUAUAAUGUCGAUUUUUUUUAUUAUAUCAGUGCUAUUCAACCGGUGUGCACGGUGCACCCUAGGGUGCACCAAAAUAUGCCAGGGGUGCACCAGUACAGAAGGGUAUACAAGGGUGCAUCACAAACUUUAACAAUUUUCAGCAAUAAUACUCAGUUUUGAACAUUUUUAACCAAUUUAGCCACUUUCCUACAUUUUUUUUAUGAAUUCUAUAUCUUGCAUCACUGGGAAUUGCGAAACAUCAUUAGUUUUACGUUAAAGCAAUCAGGGGUGCAUGAGUUUGUCGCAACAACUUCAGGGGUUCAUCAACCCAAAAAAGGUUGAGGAGCACUGUAUUAUAUUACCUACAUGCAUUUGUAUGUAUAUUAUUUGCGUUAGUGCCUUCGAGCAAGCCGUUUGAGCGAAUGCUUCGUAGCCGAAGAUACCGUGUUCGAGCUCGAUGCUGCUAUGCCAUUACCUCUAAAAUUCUAUUGCCACAAAAUGAUAAUGUUGCAACUAACGACUCGACACUGGGUAGUUUUAAUCGUCGGUUCUACAAUAAAUACUGAAAGCUUG